AGCCUCCGGCCGCGAGAGGAGAGGCCGCGGUGGCGCCGCGCCGCCCCCGACGGCGCCCUCUGGCGGCGAGAGCUGGCGCCGCCGGGGCACGGGGAUGCUGCAGGAGACCCCUGAGAUACAGGUGGACUCUCCCCGGGCGCAGGGAAGAAGGGAGAGCCGACUGCGAGAAGGAAGGCGACCUGACGGGGCAGGAUCCCCUCUGGAAAGAUUACAGGGACAGUCGGGGCCAUGGCGGUCAGAGGGAGAAGAGCAACUAGGGGAUUUUAAAGGUCGGAACAGAAAUGCCCUUUACAGAGGACGCCAUGAAGGAGAACCUUCUGAAGAGGGACUAUGUGGAAGAUGCCCCGAGGACUCGGGGAGGCGGAGCCCGCGGGUUCGGCCCCCAGCGCCCGCACGGUCCCUGCCUGCGGAGGCCGCCCGCUGGAGCCGGACCCCGGGCGCCGGUUGCUGGGGCCCGUGGGGUCGCUGGGCCGCAGGCGCCGCGCUGAUUGGCUGCGCCGCGGGCGGAAGUGAUGCUGCUGUCACUGCUCCUCCGGCUCCCGGGAAGCCGCGAGUUUCCGCAGGGAGGCGGCGGCAGCUGCGGCCGGGCCGGUCUGUAGCCUUUGCUGAGUCAACACUACUCACGGUGAAAGUGAUGCCUUUUCUCCAUUUGCACAACAUGAGUGUGGCGUGGUUAGCCAGACCAGGAGCUCAACCUCAUGUAGAGUCCAGUCCGCUGCUCUGAUGCCGAAGGGGAGGCAGAAAGUGCCACACUUGGAUGCCCCCCUGGGCCUGCCCACCUGCCUCUGGCUGGAAUUAGCGGGGCUCUUCUUACUGGUUCCCUGGGUCAUGGGCCUGGCAGGGACAGGUGGGCCUGAUGGCCAGGGCCCAGGGGGGCCGAGCUGGGCUGUGCACCUGGAAAGCCUGAAAGGUGACGGGGAGGAAGAGACUCUGGAGCAGCAGGCGGAUGCCUUGGCCCAGGCAGCAGGGCUGGUGAAUGCUGGACGCAUCGGAGAGCUUCAAGGGCACUAUCUCUUUGUCCAGCCUGCUGGGCACAGGCCGGCCCUGGAGGUGGAGGCCAUCCGGCAGCACGUGGAGGCUGUGUUGGCUGGGCAUGAAGCUGUGCGCUGGCACUCAGAGCAGAGGCUGCUAAGGCGGGCCAAACGCAGCGUCCACUUCAAUGACCCCAAGUACCCACAGCAGUGGCACCUGAAUAACCGACGGAGCCCGGGCAGGGACAUCAACGUGACGGGUGUGUGGGAGCGCAAUGUGACUGGGCGAGGGGUGACAGUGGUGGUAGUGGAUGAUGGAGUGGAACACACCAUCCAGGAUAUUGCACCCAACUAUAGCCCUGAGGGUAGCUAUGACCUCAACUCUGAUGACCCUGACCCCAUGCCCCACCCGGACGUGGAGAAUGGCAACCACCAUGGCACGCGAUGUGCAGGAGAGAUCGCGGCUGUGCCCAACAACAGCUUCUGUGCCGUGGGCGUGGCCUAUGGGAGCCGCAUCGCAGGUAUCCGGGUACUGGAUGGACCUCUCACAGACAGCAUGGAGGCAGUGGCGUUCAACAAGCACUAUCAGAUCAAUGACAUCUACAGCUGCAGCUGGGGACCAGAUGAUGAUGGGAAGACAGUGGAUGGCCCCCAUCAGCUUGGAAAGGCUGCCCUACAACACGGAGUGAUUGCUGGUCGCCAGGGCUUUGGGAGUAUCUUUGUGGUAGCCAGUGGCAACGGAGGCCAACACAACGACAACUGCAACUACGAUGGCUACGCCAAUUCCAUCUACACGGUCACCAUAGGAGCUGUGGAUGAGGAGGGACACAUGCCUUUCUAUGCAGAAGAAUGUGCCUCCAUGCUGGCAGUCACCUUCAGUGGUGGGGACAAGAUGCUUCGGAGCAUUGUGACCACUGACUGGGACCUUCAGAAGGGCACUGGCUGCACUGAGGGCCACACGGGGACCUCAGCUGCAGCGCCUCUGGCAGCUGGCAUGAUAGCCUUAAUGCUGCAGGUGCGGCCCUGCCUCACGUGGCGUGACGUCCAGCACAUCAUUGUCUUCACCGCCACCCGGUACGAGGAUCGCCGUGCGGAGUGGGUCACCAACGAGGCAGGCUUCAGCCAUAGCCACCAGCACGGUUUCGGCCUGCUCAAUGCUUGGAGGCUCGUGAAUGCAGCCAAGAUCUGGACAUCUGUCCCUUACUUAGCAUCCUACGUCAGUCCCAUGUUAAAAGAAAACAAGGCGAUACCGCAGUCCCCCCGUUCCCUGGAGGUUCUGUGGAAUGGUAAGGGAUUCCACACGGCUUCAACGGACUGGGAACCUUCUCCAUCUGUGCGAUGCUGGGGGGAGAGAGCCCGAGGGACUACCAGGCUUGUCGUCAGGGGAUGUCGGCUGAGCCUUGUGCCCUCGCACCAGGCCCUGCUUUCCUGCUUGUUAUCUGGUCCGCUCUGCAUCUCAGAGUGCCCACAGACAGAAAGUUUCCCGCGUGGGCACCGCAGUGAGGCCCUUCUGCAGAUCCUGGGGGGGAUGGAGUCAUUCCAGGUCGGCAUCCUCCGGCAAUGGCAGCUGACCCUAUAUGGCUCUGUGUGGAGUCCAGUAGACAUCAGGGACAGACAAAGCCUGCUAGAGAGUGCCAUGAGUGGAAAACACCUGCAUGAUGACUUCGCCCUGCCCUGCCCACCGGGGCUGAAAAUUCCUGAGGAAGAUGGUUACACCAUCACCCCCAACACCCUCAAGACCCUGGUGCUGGUAGGCUGUUUCACCGUCUUCUGGACCGUUUACUACAUGCUGGAAGUAUAUUUGAGCCAGAGGAAUGUGGCUUCCAACCAAGUUUGUAGGAGUGGACCCUGCCACUGGCCCCAUCGGAGCCGGAAAGCCAAGGAGGAAGGGACAGAGCUAGAAUCAGUGCCACUUUGCAGCAGCAAGGAUCCAGACGAAGUGGAAACAGAGAGCAGGGGCCUUUCCACCGCCUCUGACCUCCUUGUCCCAGACCUGCUGGAGCAAGGGGACUGGAGCCUGUCUCAGAACAAGAGCACCCUGGACUGCCCUCAUCAGCACCGAGACCUACUGCACGGGAAGGAGGAGCAGAUCUGCUGACCUCAGGGCCUGACAGUGUGGGACAGGCUCUUCUUUCCCAAAAUUAGGGAGCUCUUGAGAGAAAGCAGCCCUGAUGCUUACAUGUGGAAUCUGAGGCAUCCUCUGACUCCACUCAAAGAGGGUGAGGGCCUUCUUAAGAUACAAACGGCAGAGGAUUGCUGCCAGAGAAGUCUGGUCAGAGCCACAGGGUCUUCCUCCAGCCAAACGGGAACUUUCGGCGAGAAGGUGUUGGACAGGGGAUUGGUGCCCCCUUUGGGUUGGCCUCCAUCCUCAUCUCUCUUGGGCCAAGCCGGUUGCCUAGGUUCCCCACACAUGGGGGACCCCCACCCACGCAUGAGUUAAGAAGAUGCCUGCCAUAGCCAGGAGCGCAUCUCAAUGGAAGCGUCACUGCGGUCACUUGGGAAGAGGACUUUGGGGUAGAGGCUGGGAGGAGCCCCUGGACAUGCCUGUCCUGAAAGCGGCUACCUCCAUCAUCCAUUCCCAAGAUGCCUGAUCAGAAGCCAACCUUGAAUGAACCCCUGGCUCCUUCACCUCCGCCCCCACGAUUGGUAUGAUGCUGCUGGCACAGCUGGGAUACACACGGCUCCCCCAGGCCUGAGCUGCUUCACUAGGGAAUCCUGCGGCAGGACUGCAGAGCAGAUGGCAGACGCGCGUGUUGGAGGAAAGAGCCUUGGGAGCCACUGCCACUCCAGUCCUGCCACCACCCUGUCUUCCUCUGCAAGUGCUCAGGGAAAUGGCCUUCCUGCCGGAGGCCAACUAUCUGCCUGACAGGCUGUGACUCUUCUCUCAACCUUGGCCUUCUCCCCUCUUCUCAGCUAGUUGGUUGAAUUUUUUUUUAAUGCUUAAGAUUUUUCUCUUCUCACAGCAACAUUUUCUUGAAUUUUUUUCUGCACAGCUUUUCCAAAAUAAAAACCUUCCAAACAA